AAUAUUUGUGUAAUUAACAAAACAGCUGAUGAAUUGAUUUCCUUGGGUGAACGUAAAUUUCGUAUAAUUUCGAUUAAUUUAACCGGCAUAUAAAUUUCUUUGCAUAAGUGAAAUACAACUGAAAAUGGGCGGCUGGCGAUUGGAAGUAUUCAAGAUGACACUUUAUAUGGCCUUCCCCGUUGCAAUGUUUCACAUUUUCAACCAGCCGACUUACUUUGAAGAAUGGGUAACCAAGACGAAGCGUGAACUAUACCCGCCUGAGAGUUUGGGUCAUCGCGAAGAAAUACAAAAGGCGAUAAGGGAGGUGCAACAAAAACGGGAUAAGGAAAUGUUAAAGGCAUUGGAGGAUAUAGAGAAGCGUGAAAAAUCAUAGAUAAAUGAAAAGCGUAACGUCACAGGCUUUGUGUUAAUGCUACAUUAUAAUAUUAUAUAAGCUAUUGUCAAUUUCAUUACGGCGACAUUCUAUACCAUUCAGCAGCAAUAUUCUACGGCCACAAAACCAAACGGAAGUACAUACUGUAAAAAAUGCUCCGAACUUUCAGCUGUUGGAAAGGUUGUACUAAAAUAUGUUCCAUUCUCCUCUCUGUUUGUUUCGGAUUGUGAUUGUAUAAAUGCUUAUUAAGUUUCUAGUGACAUUGAUACGAAUAAAUUCUUGUUUAUAAUUGCAAUGAUGAGCUACGUCCAUUAUCAA